ACCGGUGGGCGUUCGCCGCGCGUCGUCUCCCGCUCCCUGACAACGGCACGCCGAACACCAGUGGCGCCCCUGCACAGGCUGUAGGGGGCGGAUGGCGCUGACGAGGCGCUCGAGCUCGCGCCUCCGGGCUGUGCCAGGAGGGCCAUCCACAGGCAACACCCCCGCUCCCUGGUCUUCCGACUCAGACUCAGCUAAGCGGCUGAGCUUUCCUCAGACUUCCACCAGCCCUCCCUCGACCACCAAAGAUGUCGUCAAAACGACCGCCUUGCCCGCAGACUUCAUGCUGGCCAUAACGCGCGCCCAGACGCUAGCGCAGGCGAAUCUACUCUCUGCGGUGGCCAGCGAGCGGGCCAAGCGCUGGACUGAGGCAAUUGAAUAUUAUAGAAAACUGCUGCAAAACUUGAGGAAAGAUAAGCUUCCUUCAGCCUUUUUACCUGGACCUGACUAUACACAACUGAUACUUGAAACUUAUUAUCAUGUGGGUGUAGCUUUCCAAAAACUGGAUAGUCACCGCAAAGCUUUGGAAGCAUUUACAAAUGCAAUAGAAAAUGCACACAUCCGUAAGUACGCCUGUCAAAUCGGUUGUGUUUCCAGAAAUAUCUACCAUACACCUGUAUUUGCAAGAAGAGCGUAUGCAUAUAUAAAAUGUGGCAAGAUUAAAGAAGCAAUAUGUGAUGCUAAUAAAGCUGUGAUUUUAGACCCUUUAAAUUCUGAUGUGUACUGUAUCAGAGCUCUUGUCUGGAAUUCAGCAAAAGAAAAAAGGAGAGCCCUCAUUGAUUUAAACCUUAGUUUCAAACUGAAUUCAGCCCAUGUUUGUACUUUGAUCUUAAGGGGUGCUAUUAUAAACUCUCUUGGAGGGGUGUCUGCUCCUGACCACAAUCAAGAUCAUGAAAAGGCUUUUAGUAUGUCUCAGGAUAGUCGGCAAUUCUUUGAUGUGGUAGAUUUUCAUAGUCCUAAAAUGCCCAGUUUCUAUGAUAAAUACUUGUGGUCUCUAAAUGUUUUUCACACCAUAAUGGAAAUUAACCUAUUUACCGGAGCUGCAUUUGUUCCCACAUCAGGAAUCAGCUGUACUCAUGCAAUACAUCAGUGGAGUUUCCCUGCUGAUGGCUCACUUACCUGCAGCAGUGCUGAUCAGGGUGUCUGAAGAACCCGUGUGAGCUGUGCUGUCUGCCUAGCAACUUCCUGUUAUAAUUCUGGGGGACAUUCUAAAAGAAGGCACCCUGGGACAUUUCCCACCUUUAGGAUUGUAACCUACAAAACAGAUUCACAGAACUGGUUUUCUCCAGGCAAGAGACGAUUCUUUUUUUAAAAAAUUGCUAUCUGAUGAAGUCCAGGUUAAACUGGGUCAUUUAAUAGUUCCAAUGAGUAUCUGUCCCUUGACAACCAAACCUGGGAAAUCUGGAACUUGGUGGAGCCACCAUCACCACCUGUCUCUUUUCUGUAACAUUUAGUUAACACAGUGCAUGGUGUUACAUCUGUGUGUUCACAUAAUGCUUUGGGCCAGGGCCAGGGCAACAUAUAACACAAAUGAUGUCAUGCAAUACAGUAUAUUAAACUAGAUACAAAGACUAUUGCAAAAGCGACAUGGAGUAUUGGCAGCUUUGUGUUUCUUUUGAUGUCUUGUUCUGCCAGAUGGCCUUAAUCAGUUGCUGUUCUCUCAACAUAAUUCCCCUUCCACCCACAAAUUGGCAGUGUAGGAAUAAUGGCUGACAUCCAGACAGGAAGCACCAGUACCUCUAACAAAGUGCUAGUGCUAUGCAGGAUGCUGCUGCUGCUGCUGCGUUCUUUACAUGCACCUACAGGGACCUAAUAUUUGCCAUGUUCCCUGGCUUAUAGCGCUCUUAUAAGGAUUGCUGAGAACAUGUACAUGAAGUGCUUUGAACACUUCAAAUGUGCAGUAUAUAUUGCAAGUACUAUUCAAGGCAUUAAGGCAUGUGGUGGACUUCUUUCUAGUUUAUUUUCUCUUGGAUAUUUGCAAAAAAGGUGGCAUUUGACAAAGAUGUCAAUUAACAUCUGCAUAUAUUUGCAAAUCUUCAUAAUAUAUUUGCAAAUAUUAUGCAUAUAUUUGCAAAGGACAAGGAAUAGCUGCUUUGGUGAUAGGUUCCUGUAUUUCAUUGGAUCAGUGUAAAACUAUAUUUCAUCUGAUGAAAUUGUAUAUACUACCUACAAAAUAAGCUGCAGGCCAGGAUGAUAUUGUCCUGGCACAUGCAAUUAGGAAAGAAUUGUGCCAAGAGUAUGCCCACUGUGGUGCUAUUGAAGAUAUACUGGUAUUUCCCUGGUGCAUCCCUCUUUAUUGUAUGUGUGGGGUGGUGGGUUUGUCAGGGGGACUAUUCAUCUGAAUGGCCCC